GUCGAUGUUAACCGCCUAAACAGACUGAUGACUAUUCGCAUCCGAACUCCUCUAAUACAAAAAAGACAGAAAUUCCAAAGAACCUGCAUAUCAGUGUGAAUGAACAUAAACAGUUGAGGUUUAUGUGCUAUAGGGCAACGAGAUUUUGAACCUUGGUUUCCCAUUGUUGCCGGUUACCUACUUUGUUAGGUAUACUCUCAUAAACUGCUUCGCACCCUCCUGUAGCACUCAACGUACCUUCAAGCUAGACGCAAAUUCACCAAAGGCUGGGUGUUACAGUUUAUCCCUAGGACUCUAUCUCGUAUCUGCUGAUGUCGUGUUCACAGAUAGCCUUAGAGUGCACCAGGGAUCGAUUUAACCUUGUAUACCCCCACCCUAAAGUUUUCUAUCAAUUUAGAUACAUAUGUUUUAGUCGAGGAAAUGCAUUUGCAAUAUAUCGAUGUAUUUUUGCUUUCCUAUUUGUAACUCUACUUAUUUUGGAUUAUAUAUGGAUAAUUCUACGUGAUUCGAAAUUUCCAGAUUUUCUGUCCUGGUAUUUGGAUGCAUCUCAAUGGGCUUUAUUGAGUACAGCAAUAUGUUAUUUAAUAUUGGCAUAUAAUACGGUGUUAAUUUUUAGACGAAAUGGGGAAUCGAAUAACGAAACUACGAUUCCUUAUAAAUUUGUUUGGUUAUUAUAUACAUGCAGUGUAAAUUCUGUUUAUUCAACAAUGACACUUCAUUGGAUGAUAACUGGUCUUCAAUAUUCCCUUGAACAAACAUUGAAACAUAGUCUACCAGGUUGUUUAAUAUUAAUGGAUUUAUUUUUAAACAGUAUCCCAUUAUAUUUAUGUCAUGCAUUUUAUCCAGUCAUUGUACAUUUAUUGUAUUUAGCUAUUGUAACAUUCAGCUUGUAUUUAUCAUAUACGCUUGGUAAUUUAAAUAAAACUAUACCAUUUCCUUCUAAUCCAACUGUACUGAUUGGUGGACAUGCAUUAUUACCAAAUGGUUAUCAAGAUUUUUCUAAUCUAUCACGUAUAUUACUUACAUUACUUGGAGCUAUUUUUAUUGGAAUUAUGAUACAUUGUAUUCUAUUGACAUUAGUGAUAAUUCGUGAUUUUCUUGCAAGUUUAUGUCAACAAAGUACUAAUCAAUGGUAUGAUCCAAAUGAUUUAGUUUAUUUAAUGGAUAAUAAUAAUAGUACUACUACAUUAGAUAUGUUAAGUCGACAAUCUUCAUCAUCAGUUGGUGUACAGAAUUUCUCGGAAAAACUACGCUGAUUCCACUAUCACUAGCAAAAUCAGAAGAAAAACAAUAAUGAUUCAUGUGAAAUUAUCUCCUGCCAUUGAUUAAAACACAAUAGCUACUACCAUGUGCUCCUCACUUAAUAAUUCAUGUUAAAAUAUAUGAAUAAUCGGGUUCAAUGUUCAAUAACUGCUGUUAUUUGUGUUUUAAUUGAUCAAUUAACUCAUAAUUACUGUGAACCUGUUUGAUUAUGUGAUUCAUCAAACAAUAACUAUAUAUAUAUAUAUGCAUUGAAAAUGAAAUAUCACUCACUGUGUGAUAUAUAUACAUAUAUAUGA